UUUUCCGACUUUUCGAACCGUAUUUUAUUAGCUAAUUUCUGAAGUUAUUAUAAAGCAAAGUAUUUAAUUUCAUUAAUUAUAACAUCUGUUGACAAAAUCUUCGUAUUCGAGGAUCGUAUUAAUAAUGAAUCAUGGUGAAUGUAAUGAAAGGUGUUCUUGUAGAAUGUGACCCAGCUAUGAAGCAGUUCCUUCUGCACUUAGAUGAAACUCUAGCGCUUGGCAGAAAAUUUAUCCUUCAAGACCUGGAUGAAACACAUUUAUUCAUCUCGGCAGAUAUUGUAGAAACUCUACAAGCACGGGUUGAUGAUUUAAUGGACCAACUUAGCAUCCCUGUGCAUGAUAAAGGACUGUAAACAAUUUAAGUAAUACAUAGAAAACAACAAAAUGUCAGCCAGGGAAUCUGGCAGAGUCAAAGAAGCUGAGAAAAGAAGAGUGCUUGAUGAUGCUGCCCGCAAACGCCGAGCGAGAAAGGCUAUUGAAGCUUUGGAACAAGACAAUUUCCAUGAAGACCCUCACGCAGACCUGGUUAUGUCAAAAAAAGUGCCAAAGUUUGCAGAUUCAAAUGAAAAGCCUACGAGAAAGAAAAAAUCUAAGAGUGCUGAGUAUUAUAAAAUGAGGUUCAGAAAAACAUUUGCUCAGCUGGUUGAAGAAGAUGCCAGCUUCAGGCCAGACCCUCCCAAUUAUCUUUCAGCACAAGUGCCACCUUCGCAGUUCCCAGAUCGUUACUUUUGUGCUGUUUGUGGCUUCCCAUCUAACUACACCUGUAUACCAUGCGGAGCAAGAUACUGCAGUGUCAGAUGUCUGGGGACACAUUUAGACACAAGAUGUCUCAAAUGGACUGCUUAAUAUAUAAGAAAUAGUUAUAUCGCUUAAAAUAAAUAAUUUCCUUACCAAU